AGCAGGGUGUUGGAGUCCGCGUUGGCGAACUUGGGCGGUAUAAACGGCAGCACCAUGUGCCUGUUUACCAGGUGGGACGCCUGGCUCGCUUUGAUUUCGUCCGCGUCCACCGGCGCACUGGCGGGAGGCACUUCCGGCUGCUGAUGCUCGCCGGAGGAUACGUCGGACUUGUUGGUCGCUGUUCCGAGACAGCGGCGUACCUCACGGGAUUCGGCUGCGAGUUCUCCAGCGAGGAUGAGCGCUGCCCAGGAGCACUGCCUGCUAGACAGAACAAUCCGCAGAAGUGCCCAUAUGGUCUUUACGCCGAGCAAUUGUCGGGAACGGCGUUCACCGCUCCGCGUUUUGAGAACAAAAGAUCCUGGUUCUACCGGAUGAGACCGUCCGCCGUUCACAGGCCGUUCAAGCCUUUUAGCGAAGCGCACGGCGCCGAGUGUCACUUAACCAACGAUUGGAACAAGACUCACCCCAAUCCUAAUCAGCUGAGAUGGAAGACGUUCGAUGUUCCCACUCGACGGGACCCCGAGGUGGACUUGGUCGAAGGUCUUCACACCGUGUGCGGUGCCGGCGAUCCCAAAAUGCGUCAGGGUGUCGUGGUGCACGUGUAUCUCUGCAAUGCGUCGAUGAAGGAUAGAGCUUUCUACAACGCCGACGGCGAUUUCCUUAUUGUCCCGCAACUGGGCGCUCUGCAAAUCACCACCGAGUUCGGCAAGAUGCGCUGCGAGCCGAACGAGAUUUGCGUGAUUCAACAAGGCAUGCGAUUCUCCGUCACCGUCUUCGGGCCAUCGAGAGGUUACAUCCUCGAGGUCUUCGACAGUCACUUCCGGUUGCCGGAGCUGGGACCGAUAGGAGCAAACGGCCUGGCGAACCCGAGAGACUUCCAGACGCCGGUCGCAUGGUACGAGGAUCGCGAGGUCGACUAUGAGAUCGUAUGCAAAUAUCAGGGAAAACUGUUUGUGGCCGGCCAAGGUCACAGUCCCUUCGACGUGGUGGCGUGGCACGGCAAUUACGUACCUUACAAAUACGACCUCGACAGGUUCAUGGUCGUCAACUCCGUUUCCUUCGAUCACUGCGAUCCGUCCAUCUUCACCGUGCUGACGUGCCCCACUAACAAGCCUGGAACCGCCGCGGCCGACUUUGUGAUCUUUCCACCCCGAUGGUCCGUGCAAGAGCACACUUUCCGACCACCUUACUAUCAUCGCAAUUGCAUGAGCGAGUUCAUGGGGCUGAUAAAGGGCCGCUACGAGGCGAAGGAGGACGGCUUCCAGGCUGGCGGCGCGACUCUGCACUCCAUCAUGACCCCGCAUGGGCCGGACGCGCGUUGCUUCGAGGCCGCGUCCGAGGCCGAGCUGCUGCCGGAGAGAAUCGCCGACGGCACGCAGGCCUUCAUGUUCGAGAGCUCGUACGGCUUGGCCGUGACGGAGUGGGCCGAGAAGCACUGCAACAAGCUGGACGACGAGUACUACGAGUGCUGGCAGGGCUUGCGGAAGCGCUUCGAGCCGGCGGCUAAAGCUUAGAGUGAGAAGGCCCACGACGAGUGGCGCAUCUUCAUCUUGACGCGCCUCCGCGACCGGCAGUCGUUCAGCUUAGACACGAGCCUCUGAUCACCAUCCUCCUCCUCUUUUCCGCUUUUCUUCAAGAUGCUACUCGAGAUGAAUGUUAACCCCUUGCUGCGUCGAUAGACGUCAGUUGAUUUUAUGUCACAAACAAUCACUUUUGUAAGUGAGAACUAUAUUAUAUUUGUGCUCAAUAUAUUAUAUUUGUAAUCGCAAGCGAUCGUAAAGUACAAGUAUACUUGUACUUGUAACCGUAAAAUAUAUUAUACUUAUAAAUGUGUUGCGGGAAGCGGAUAUGCAAAUAUUUUCGCGAUAUUGUCACGAAGUAACCGAGCAUCCACGACGGAUGAUCGGCUGGACAGAAACUCAGACUCAGAAAGUUGAGUCUUUCGACACGUGUUUUCUAGCGCCUGCUUGUCUGUUUUCGAAAUCUUGGAGAUUAAAUCGAGAUUGCUCAUAUCUCAA